AUGAAGAACGGAAAAGGUUCUCGUGGUCGUGCUGGUGGUUCGGACCGUGGGGGGAUUCGCAAGCGGGGUGCGGCCACCAAGGUCGAUCGAGAUGGAGAUCUCUCUAUGGAUGCAGGAUCCGCUCGGAACCGUGGCAAGAAAGCGCGCACAGAAACCGGUCGGUCUGGUGCGGCGGGGGCAGGAGGAGGACGGCCGAGGGCGCUCGAUGCGAUUCAAAAAGCGAUCACCAGCAACUCGGACUCCCAGGCCAACAUUCGCCAGGGCGGUCGCGGGGCUAGCCUGGAACAGGUCAUCGUCCGUGGAUGGAAACAGAGCAAGGCGGCGUCCAAUCGCGACGGCGGCCUCGAGAGCCUUCUCACCUUCCUCGAAAAGAAACUCAACACCGACUCGAAAUCUGGCCAACGCGCAAGGAUAACUAAGUCGCGAAUUGAAGGUGAUGCCCUUAUCGCGUCUAUCAAACCGGAGUUGUUGGAAAGAAUGCUUCAGCUCGAUGGUUUUAGCUUCGCCGGCGCGCCACUCACGAUCGAGAAGCGCGACGAAAACGGAAUGACGGACCAGCCCGUCCUAUCUGAGAUCUCGCGAAACGCUGGAAACCCUUCCACUGCCGAUACCAAGUCCAAAAUGACUACCAUCCUGGGCAAACGCUACUACCAGCAAUCGAAACUACUCGACCUCUCGAAAUUGGGUAGCGAACCGGAUCUUUUGGCCAUGGGCAUAUUCAACAGCACUUCCACUGAAUCCAAAUUCUUCCCGGCUCUCAUGAAAGUGUGGGAGCUGAAUUUCGACAACUCGACGGCGCGGCGAGAGGCUGUCGAAAGCGUCAGUCUUGCCGACAACCAGCUUGCCAACAUCACCGUCGUCACUACUUUGGCUCAGUCUAUCCCGGACUUGAAGAACCUCGAUCUUUCGAACAACAGUUUCAAGGACGCUCAGGCUAUGAUCGGAUGGCGGUGGAAGUUUCGCAACCUAGAAUUCCUCGAUCUCACUGGGAAUCCUUUCAGCGCAGAUCCGUCUUUCAAGGACACCAUGCUGAAGUGGUACCCGAAACUGCGCGUGCUUAACAACUUGGAGGUACGAACGGCGGAGGAAGUGGCUGCGCAGAAAAAGACGCCAAUCCCCGUUCAACCGCCUCAUUUCGUGGACGAGUCUCAGAUUGCAGAGAACUUUGUCAAGGCUUUCUUUGCGGGCUAUGACAACAACCGCAGUGAGAUUAUCAACAGCGUCUACGACAACCGAUCUACUUUUACACUCAACGUCAACACAUCCGCCCCGCGAGCGCAGCAAACUGAAACCGCAGGCUGGGAUGCCUACAUCAAGAAGAGCAGAAAUCUUCUCAAAAUCAGCCAUUUGCCUGCUCGUAUGUCUCGCUCCUUCACGGGACCCGACAAGAUCCGCGAAUUAUGGGACAAUCUUCCCCAAACCCGACACCCCGACAUCGCUGCACACCCGGAACAAUGGCUCAUCGAAUGCACGCCCAUCCCCGGUCUUCCGGAUUCGUCUGGGCAGAGUCCGUUCGGCGUGGGAGGUUUCUUGAUCAUCGUCCACGGAAAAUUCGAUGAAAUGAACACAGGCAAGGUGGAGACACGGAGUUUCGACAGAACUUUUAUUCUUGGACCCGGCGGAGGAAUGGGAGGGAUCAGGGUCAUCAGCGACGUUCUUUGUCUGCGCGCAUACGGUGGACACGAGGCAUGGGUGCCGGAAGGUCAACCAGCGCCGCAGCCUGCUCCUCCCGUUCAGCCAAUUCAGCCAAUUCAGCCCAUUCAACCUGUUCAACCCGUUCAGCUAAUUCCACCCGUUCAACCCGUUCAGCACGCGGCUCUCCCGGGUGCACCAGAAGGUUAUGGGAUGCCCGCACCCACAAAAACGGAGGCUCAAGUGCAGCAGGAACAGCUGGUCAUGGAGAUGAGUGCCAAAACAAGAAUGACUCUGCAGUACUCAGAGAUGGCGCUAUCAGGAAAUGGUUGGAACAUGGAGGCUGCAUUGAAGAAUUUCGAGGAACUUAAGACUCAAGGGCAGUUGCCCCCCGAGGCUUUUCUUCCGGGAACCAUUUAG